AUGCUGGGCUACUUCGACCCUGAAAGCAAAAGAGUUAAGAAGUGGUUGAACCCAAAGGCUUUUGAGCGACAGCAUGCAGCGAGCCAGGAAGAUGGAGUUGUCGAUGACGUUCUCAAAUCCUUAGAACCAGGCCAGCUGGAAGCUCUUGGCCUAGAUCCCUCUCUCUUGGUAACGGGAGCUGAGAAGGAGGGAAAUAUUGCUCCGAAAUCACUGCCCCAAGAUAAACAGCCUGUCUGCGAUAGAUGCCACAAUUUACAACAUUAUAGCACCUCGAGCGACACAGCAAAGGUUGCUAUGUUCCAUCCCACCGUUGAGUCCUUGCGCGAAACCAUCGAGGAAUCGCCGCACAAGUACAAUCACAUAUACCAUGUCAUCGAUGCUGCCGAUUUCCCCAUGUCUCUCAUCCCUCGACUUAAUGUUCUCCUUGGCGACAUUCCCAUCAGGACGCGCAAUCGAAGAUCACGAUCGGGCAAGUACCAAAAUGAUCGCAAGACAGAACUGAGUUUUAUCAUCACUCGAGGCGACCUUCUUGGUCCCACGAAAGAGAUUGUGGACUCAAUGAUGCCCUACCUUCGUGAAGUGCUACGAGAUGCUCUCGGCCGACUUGGAGGCAGGGUUCGUCUUGGCAAUGUCCGGUGCGUUAGCGCAAAGCGUGCUUGGUGGUGCACGGAGGUUAGAGAAGAUAUCUGGCAGCGCGGCGGCGCGGGGUGGAUGGUUGGAAAGGUCAACGUGGGCAAAAGUCAGCUCUUUGAGGCUGUCUAUCCCAAAGGCAGAAUGGGGCCAAGCAAGGAGGGAGGGAAGGCAUCAGUAUCAACAUACCCUCGGGAUAGCGUCAGUGCGGAAUCUAUAUAUGCCGAGCAGGUUGGAGAGCAAGAUGUGGAUGUUGGGGAAUUGCUUCCGCCCCCUCAGCCGGCUCAGAACUAUCCUGACAUGCCUCUGGUAUCCUCACUCCCCGGCACUACAGCAUCCCCAAUUCGAGUACCUUUUGGAAACGGAAAAGGCGAAUUAAUCGACCUUCCUGGCUUGGCACGAAGCGACCUAGACUUGUUUGUGAAGGAGGAGUGCCGUCAAUCGAUGAUCAUGAAGAAGCGCAUUGUCCCUGAACAGAUUUCAAUGACGCCUGGCAAGUCCCUCAUUCUAGGAGGAGGUCUCAUUCGCAUCACACCAAAGAACCCGGGCUUGGUCUUCCUAGCAUACAACUUUACACCUCUGGAGGAACAUCUCACUCAGACUGAGAAGGCCAUUGCGUUCCAGGAGCAGACACGAGAAUCCAUCGGUGUACCAAGUAUCAUGCUUCCUGGAAUUGGAGGCAAGAUGAAGCAUGCUGGAACAUUUAAGCUGUCUCACGACGUCACUAGACAAAGAGCCGGCCCUCUUACGCGGAAGAAUGCAAUAGGGUUAAACGUCGACAGGCUUCCUUUCCGAGUGUUAUCGACAGACAUCCUCAUCGAGGGUGUGGGCUAUGUUGAGCUUGUUGCUCAAGUCCGCGCACAGGAUGUUGCUAUGAAAGUCUUUCCAGACCAACAACCCCGAUUCGAGGAAAGGGUCAAGCCGAAGCAGAUCGAUACGUCUGAUCCAUUUGCAGCCAUGAGAGCUCAGCGGAUAGAUGUAAACACUCCGGUAGUGAAGAGGCGUAAGGAGCCUGAACCCAAGCCUGAGCCCGUGAUAGAUCCUGGUUGGCCAGCAGUUGAUGUCUUCAGUCCUGAGGGACGAUUUGUUGGCUCUCGUCAACCUAUUCAAGGAUGGUUACAUAACAAGCCUCGUGUAUUGCCAGAGCACAAAAGGAGUCGGCCGCGAAGAAGUAUGAAGGGUGCCAAGAAAAAAGACAAAGCCGGGAAGAGAGCUGCGAUCAACUGA